AUGCCCCCCAAACUCUCGAAAGAAGCCAAACUGGAUCUAAUCCUGACCCACCUCCGCGCCACAGGCACCUGCCACACACUCAAAGAUCUGGAGAAGACGCUGCCGCCCGUGGCAUCGAUCAAUGGCAUCCAGGUCAAGGAGUACAUCCAGGCACUUCUCGACGAGGGCAAGCUGCGAGUGGAGAAGAUCGGCAGCGGCAACUGGUACUGGAUCUUCGGGAGCGACGAAAAGCUUGAGCGCGAGCGGGUGGUGGGCCGGGUGAAGACGGAGGUGGAGAAGACGCGGAAGUCGUGCGCCGAUGCUCAGGCGGCCCGGGUCGCUGAGACGGCGCUGCGACAGCGGGAGGAGCCCGAUGAUGUUGAGGAUCGCGAGUCGCGGCGAGACACCCUGAUGGCCACUAGGAUCUCGCUCGAGGCCGAGGUGGGGCGCCUCCGGGCUACAGAGAUGCAACGCACCAGCAGUCGUGGCAGUACCAUGGGCGUUACGCAGAUCCGCCAGGCACUGGGAGGGCUGCAGCAGCAGGCGCAGCAAUGGACGGACAAUAUCUACAUCCUCGAGGGCUAUCUGCGACAACUGGCGGGCGGGGACCGGGAAGUGGUUACGGCGGUGUUGCGGGAGUGCUAUGGAGACGAAUACGUGGAUGGUGGGCUGCGGGAGUUGGACGAGUAG